GUCAGAUGAGGAGAAGGUUCGCAUAGCUGCUAAAUUCAUCACCCAUGCACCCCCCAGGAGAAUUUAAUGAAGUGUUCAAUGAUGUCCGGCUGCUGCUUAAUAAUGACAAUCUUCUCAGGGAAGGGGCAGCACAUGCAUUUGCCCAGUACAACAUGGAUCAGUUCACACCUGUGAAGAUAGAAGGAUAUGACGAUCAGGUCUUAAUUACAGAGCAUGGUGACCUGGGUAAUAGCAGAUUUUUAAAUCCAAGAAACAAAAUUUCCUUUAAGUUUGAUCACUUACGGAAAGAAGCAAGUGACCCCCAGUCAGAAGAUGUAGACGGGGGAUUGAAGUCCUGGAGAGAAUCCUGUGACAGUGCUUUAAAAGCUUAUGUGAAAGAUCACUACUCCAACGGCUUCUGUACUGUUUAUGCUAAAACUAUAGAUGGGCAGCAGACCAUUAUUGCAUGUAUUGAAAGCCACCAAUUUCAGCCCAAGAACUUCUGGAAUGGCCGUUGGCGAUCAGAAUGGAAGUUCACUAUCACACCACCUACAGCCCAGGUGGUUGGAGUGCUCAAGAUUCAGGUUCAUUAUUAUGAAGAUGGCAAUGUUCAGUUGGUUAGUCAUAAAGAUGUACAAGACUCAGUAACUGUUUCUAAUGAACUCCAAACUGCCAAGGAGUUUAUUAAAAUCAUAGAGAGUGCAGAAAAUGAAUACCAGACAGCCAUUAGUGAAAAUUAUCAAACGAUGUCAGACACCACAUUCAAGGCGUUGCGCCGGCAGCUUCCAGUUACCCGCACCAAAAUCGACUAGAACAAGAUACUCAGCUACAAGAUUGGGAAAGAAAUGCAGAAUGCUUAAAGGCUGACUGUAGGAGUCCUCAGUAUGUGAAAAGGAUUCCACAUAGUGUGGUCAUAUGAUAAACAAGUGAUUUAUAAACAAGAGUGAUAUUUUGCUAGUUAACAAAGUUAACAGAUUUUCUAGCCUCAUGGGAUACUGUUGAACCUAUAGCAUUGUCUUGAUUUUUUUUCUUUUUUUGUGGUAUCUGCCUUGUAAUUUUCGGUUAUCGAUAUAUCUACUUGUAAAUCUUUUUGUUGUUAAUUCUGCUACAUUUAAUGUUGAGAGAUCUAUCCUGUUAGGACAUUUUCCUAGUCAUGAAGUCCUGUUAUUGAUUUAUACAGAUAAUCUGUGCAGUACUUUUUUUAACCCCUAUGCUUCAAAGUACUUCCGGUACUUCAGUGGUUUUUUUUUUUCACUGAUCCACCGACUGCUAAAGAAGCUAUGCUACAAAGUGUAGCUGAGGAAGACACGUUCAUCCUUCGUCCUCUGACUGUGACUGCUUUGAUCAAUUAUGCUAUAUAUUUUGUAGCAUCUCAUAACUGUCGUUUCAAAAGUCUGGAUUGGAACUUUCGGGUCCAUUUUGAGAGACACAGAAGUUUCCUGGAAACUGUAAUAGCCAGCUUCUCUGGAGGAACUUAUUUUUAAAUCCAAAGACUUGACCAACAUUCCGUGCACACGAACAUUUGCUUUCUCUCCUUCCCCGUGUCUUCUUCCCACCUAGUGCCACUGCGCUCUGGUUACGCACCCCUGCAGCUUAGAAGAGCUCUGCCCACUUGUGUUUCUGCUUC